ACCCUGUGCUAAAACGCGCCGCACCCGACACUACUCGACAACUAUGCAGGCGUUCAACGGCACCGAACAGGCCUACUAUCCGUACGGCUACCACCUGUCCAACAAUAGUCUAUACAACACGUCACCCGUCGGUGCCGGGGGUGGAAGUGGCAACGGGGGCUCGUGUACGCCACCCGGGCACACGGGCUCAGCCGUAUCGCCGUACAGUAUGCUGAACGCCGCGGCCAAAUCCAUGCGCUACGGCCAUCCCUACGGCCCGGCUGUGCAAUAUCCGGCCAGUUUGGGAGGGGUCGGCGGUGGCGGGGCCUCUAUGAUGGUCGGCGGCGGUGGCGGUAUGUCCGGCAAAGAGAUGGUCAAACCACCAUACUCGUACAUCGCGCUGAUCACCAUGGCCAUCAACGGUGCGCCCGACAAAAAAGUCACCCUCAACGGUAUCUACCAGUUUAUCAUGGACAAAUUCCCGUUUUAUCGCGAGAAUAAACAGGGUUGGCAGAAUAGUAUCCGGCACAAUUUGUCGCUCAACGAGUGUUUCAUCAAGAUCGCGCGUGAUGAUAAGAAACCGGGCAAGGGCAGCUACUGGACGCUCGACCCGGACAGUGUCAACAUGUUUGAUAAUGGUAGUUAUUUGCGCCGUCGGCGCAGGUUCAAGAAAAAGGACACUGGUAAAGAGAAAGACCAGCCUGGUGGUGAGUUACAGGGUGGGGGUGCCGGGGCUAAGGCCGAUAGACUUAGACAGUGUGCCGGCGGUGGCGGUGCUAAUAGUGGCUGUCAGUCGUCGACCGGCGCGGCGGCCAAAGACAGCAAACCACCGGUGGUGGUGGGACUGCAACAACAGCCGGUCCAUCACCAACAGCACAUACCGGUGCAAAACAAUAACAUGUCGGCCCAAACGCGACUUUUGCAUCAAAUCAUCAACAAUGGCAUCAAUAGCUGUACAACAGAUACUGGCAAUCAGGGCCUACUGUUGACUACCGGUGCGGGACUACUGGCCAAGAAGGAGGUGCUGGACAACGCCCGUAAUAACGGUUCCGGUGGUGGUCUCCUAAACCGGGCCAACUGUCUGUACGGCUCGUGCGGCGGAUCGCCCACCGGCGCCACCGACGACUCCAGCCCUCACAACAACAGCUACUGCCAGUCGCCGCCCGUACCGCUCGACCCCCAGCAACAACAGCACCAUCCCCUACACCAUCAUUACGACCGGGACAUUGGCCACCCCGGGGGUCACCCCCAUCACCAGUCCAUGGGUAUAGUGAUCGAAGACAUUAGCGCCACCGCCAUGAGCACCAGUGCAGGCCAUUUGACAGUUCAGGCCACAGCCACGGCCAGUCUCGCCGGCACUGGGAGUCCCAUCGUUUACGAUCAUCACAGGGCUAACGGCUGGUACGGCAGCUCAGGCGACGGUGGCUCGCCUACCGAUUGUGAUAUACCGGUGGGCGCCGGCGGCCCUCAGGCCACUGCCCAACAACUGUACGCCAAC